GUCAGGGAGAAUAUAUAAAUAUCCAUCGCUAUCGAGGUUCUGCUAUAUUUGAGAAGCUGAAGCAACUCCACGGACACAGCUCACAGGCUGAUUUGCUUCUCAGGUCCAAAAUACGGAUUGAAUUGGGACAUUUACUAGCACCCUCUGGCCGAGAACUUUGAAGAGACACUGUGAGGGAGGCAGUGAAGGGAGUUUUUCCCAGACCUGACCCAUACUUCUCCAGCAUGUGCACCGGGGGCUGUGCCAAGUGCCUGGGGGGCACACUGAUUCCCCUCUCUGUGUUUGGCUGUCUGGCUAACAUCCUGUUAUUUUUCCCUGGAGGAAACGUGAUAGACGACAAUGAACACCUUUCGGAAGAGGUCUGGUUUUUUGGAGGAGUAUUAGGAAGCGGUGUCUUGAUGCUCUUCCCUGCGCUUGUGUUCCUGGGCCUGAAGAACAAUGACUGCUGUGGGUGCUGUGGCAACGAGAGCUGUGGAAAAAGAUUUGCUAUGUUCACCUCCACAAUAUUUGCUGUGAUUGGAUUCUUGGGUGCUGGAUACUCAUUUAUCAUCUCAGCUAUCUCUAUCAACAAGGGUCCUAAAUGUCACAUGAACAAUACCGUAUGGGACUACCCCUUCCAAAAUGGGGAUUACCUCAGUGACAAAUCCUUAUGGGACAUAUGCAAGGAGCCUGCGAAUGUGAUUCCCUGGAAUCUGACCCUCUUCUCCAUCCUGCUGGUCAUAGGGUUGAUCCAGAUGCUUCUCUGCGUCAUCCAGGUGGUCAAUGGCCUCCUGGGGACCCUGUGUGGAGACUGCCAGUGUUGUGGCUGCUGUGGGGGAGAUGGACCAGUUUAAACUUCUCCAAUGACCUUCUUGAACUGCAGUGGCACAUGGGAAGACAUGUUAAACUUAACCUUCUCUCCUUGAGGUUGUCAGUUUCUAUCUGUGUCCAAACUGUCAAAUCUUAGGGAGGGCACAGUUAUUCUUUCUCCUUUCCAACCAGCUUAGAUCAACUUGGUGUUUGUGUUAGCUUCAAAUAACAAAACAGGUUGCCCACUUAUGUUAUAUUCAUAAAUCUUUCAAAUUUGCUUCCUUUUAGAAUUAAACAACAGAUAAAAAGCUUAUUUUUCACAACUUUUUCUUUAAGAAUGAAAAAUAGAUGUCAUGUACUGCCACUCUGCUUCUUUGUAUAGGCAGGUGUUUAUGUCUCUGGAAGUUUUCUAUAACUCAGAGGAAGAAAGCACAUGAAAAAUCAGAAACUAAGGCCAAUUUUUGUUGUCAAGAUUUAUGGGAAAAAGGAAUGAUUGAUGUCAUAAAUAUAUUUUUUAUUUUUAGCUAACAUGUUUGAAUUAAUUAUGACUACCCUCUUGAGUAAUGGUUUCCUUAUGUAUAUUAAAUUAAAACCAUCAUUCAGUGGUAAUAUAAUAAAGGUAGUUUGUGUUUUGCGAAA